GUGUACCGCAAACUUUUAACCAGGACUCCCUAGUACGUUUGCCAAGAAUCCGCUGGCAGACGAUUCGGCUAACAGUUGACGUUGAGGUUCUACAGAAUAAUUCUGUCAUCAAGAGUCCCUCCCAAUAAAACGGAUAGCCAUGGAUGAUCGCGUUGGCUAUUUCACAUUAUGUGUUCUACUUGCUGUUUGUUUACUAGGAGCGAUCUUCAGUCUUGUGUUUGUUCUGAGUCCUUCCGUUGAUAUAAAAUCAAGCAACAACAUCUUCAAUUAUUCCUUCAGUGCAUCAUUCGCCAUUGAUGAAAUUGAACGAAGUGGAAUUGGUACUGAACACACUUAUCUGAAAAUCGAAUGGAAUUCGGUUGCGAGGAAAAUGCAUUUUCAACAAACUGAAGUGUUUUCAUCAAAUCAUGAUUUCGAUUACGAACUAUCUUUGAUUAUGGCUGAUGAUAAAGCGACUGUAAGUCUUUCUCAUUUGAACGAGUCCCUGGCAUUUUGUAUCGAAGAUUUAUCCAUAUCAAGUUGGUUUACCGCUUUUCAACACCUUGUAACAGAUGCCAAUUGGCUAGGUGGUUCUAAGUCAGAGGCGUGUCGUGGAAGUAUUUGGUUUACGAAACACAGACAUGAUAUAAUUGAAAUCUGCACUUUCGACGAUCAGUUUGAGUAUAUUAUUUUUCAAAAGAUCCGCGCCAAGGUAAUGUCUUGGACUAAAACUGAACAACAAAAUAUUCGUAUCGACUCAAAUGUAUUGAACGGCCCAUGCAGAAAUAUCAUCCCAAUAACAUGCAAUUUGAAAAAUCGCCCGAAGGUCAAACGGGAUUCUGGGAGAUCGCCGAAAACGUGUUUAUUUGUGCAUGGCGCUGGUAAUUUGGCUUCUGGUAAUGAUGUCAAAUCAUAUAUGCCUGACUAUUGGGGAGAAGUAAAGAGCCAUACUACAGGCUGUGCUUCACAUAAGUUCCUGGUGUAUAACAGCAGGGACAACGGCUGGGAUAAAGACCAAAUACAGCAGCACUUUUGUAAUGUUUCUUCAACCAACAGAACCAUAAAGAACACAGUGAUUUUCUCACAUUCUAUGGGAAACUUAGUAAUCGCAGCCGCCCUGCACCGUAAAAAGUGCACCUUCGACACUAACACAAGUCAGUGGUUCUCCGUACAAGGUCCGUGGACAGGAAGUGUUGUAGCGAAUACCCUUUCAGAUAUAUGCAGAAAACCCACAUUUUUUCAGAAAUUGAUUCGUCGUAUAUUGAGGGGGGAGGGGUACUGUAAGCCUAAUGAAGAUGCUGAAUUCAACGUCUACACGACGCUUAAAACAAGCUACGUAUCACCUACCGGUAUUCGUUUUGAUGAUCUGGUGGACGAGGGUAGGAAGUAUGUAUCCGGCGUGAUGUGUGGAACCAGUAGUUGGGGACAGGGUGAGGAUUACACAGACAGCGCCGCACUUUGGAUACUGCAGAAAUAUAGCAAUCUGGGAAACCCCAAUGAUGGAAUGGUUGCAUUCAAUAGCUGCAAACUGCAGACGGUUGUACCCUUCAAAACCAAAAGCAUCCAUGCAUAUUUCAAAGGCAAAUUUAACCACGCAGAUGGCACAUGUAGGUAUGGUGGGUGUCCCUGUAAGUGGUAUGAACAUAUGCAUUGAACAAUUGUUAUUAUAUGUUUAAGCAGGAAAAAAUAUACAAAAGAAAUGUAUACUUUUAUAUAUUGGUGUGAGAUGUAGAAUAUUCUAUUUAGGAUUUCACAAAUAUAGAAUUACAGGAAAACGAAGAUAAGGUUUGCUUCAUUUCCACUAUUGAAUUAGAGGAAUCUAUAAAAAAUGUAUUUUUUAAUAAUCAUCGACCGCCAAUUUUAUGUAUGUUCUUUACAAAGUGUAACAAUAAUAUUAUACGUAACAUUUCUACAUUAAUCAUACCAUAGUAUUGAAUUAGGAUAUGACAAUACAGCAACACUUUUGAAAUCCCUAUAAAAUGUUUUUCUUGUAAAUCUACCUUGACAAAAUUUUAUGAAACUCUAUAGCAUUCUUUAUGCUCAUCCUAAAUGUUAAUGAAUAUACAUACACUGGAUAUUAAGUAAACGAUAAAUGAGAUUUUCAUAGAUAAGGAGAUUAACUUAAUCAUCUUUCGACCCACUGGGUCAUAGAUUUCAAUACAGCACCAUAUGAUAGAGCUGUAUAAAACACGGUACUAUUGAUUGUAUCACAAAGAAAGUAUUAAUCGUGAUUCAUAUUGUGGCAACAUUUUGAGUACUUGAAUGUUUUGGAUUGCAAA